CCCUCCCCGCGGCAACCCGGCCUCUGCCCCCGCCUGUGUUUGGAUCAGGCUCAGUGAGAGUAACCAGAAGUUAACGAGGUCUGUGGGGUCUGAAGCUGAAAACAACCUCCUGGGCAUGAUAGGGAGGAAUCAAAAUCAGGGAGGUACGGCUGCAUCUCUGACUACCUUCAGAAGACACAUUACUGACAAUAGAAACUGCCUGUACUGUGGUGACACAGUGUGAGAUGUUUUAACUGUGACCCAGGACUUCAUAAUGACAUCAAACAGGCUCAGUGCUUGACACCGACACUGAACUUCUGUCGCUCUCUGAUAGAGAGACUCUUCUGAACUCCUAACACUUGCUGGAAUCAUGUUGCUCCAGGGACAAGAGUCACCUUCCCAUACUGUGACCCAUCACAGCGAACUGACUCUACUGCGGGGCCAAGCUGCCACAGAUACACAGUGGACAGCACUGCCUUAGCCGCUCUGUUCCUCUUCUGUAAAAACAGACCCCUCUCACAUGGAGAGGUUUCUAUAUAGUUUUCCUCCUUAGUUGCCCAGUUGCCCAGAAAGGUGACGGCUGCAUGGACCGAGUUUCAAGACAGUCAACACCCAGGUAUGGCUGUUUGCUGGUGCCUUGCACUCCCUCCAACAGUCAGUCUGCUAGGCCUAAUGCAGACCACAACCAUUUCUCUUCAGUCAAGGUCUCUGAAGUCAAAGGAAGCAAAGUCAAAUUGCGUUGUGAGCAGUGGCACACCUUGCUGAAACAGUUGGAGAGAGCAUAAUGAAUGUCUGUUCGUAGGGAGUCAUUUUUAUACUGAUAAUUGAAAGCCCUCUGCUCAGUUCAGCACAUCAGUCUCCUAAAUUACACAAUACAUUUUCAGAACAGCCUAAAAAGCUUGAAAGAAACCAGUGUAGAAGCUUACAGCCCUGUUUCUCCUGCCUAGCUCAAACUCAUCCUGGCAAAAUAGGCUCUGCACCACGGCAGUUGAAAGAUAACCUUGGGGACCCAUUACUGAGAAGAAAUAAGAGUGCUAUGCAGCUCACAGCCUCCCCUCCAGGUGAGCCAUUAGAAAGAAAAUCAGAAAAUUAAUUUUUACAGGUUUGGAAAGUCCAGCGUAUUGCUUUUUCUUAGGCCUCUAUGGUGGAGGAGUGGGAAAGCAGACUACAAGUGCUGGGGAGACUACAAGAGAGAGAGAGGCCACAGUACCUUCUAUAGUUUCUUUCCUGCAACUGUCAGAGGUGGGUGGCUGAUUACAAAAGGUGAAAAGUGAGAGACAGUUUGGCAGAACAGAUUUGUGGAAUGAACUCAAUAAUCAAUCACUGCAGCUGUUAGCAGAGGGCAUGGCCCUCCUGUGCAUUGUAGGAAUUUCUUCAAAAGAAGCCAUCAGAAGGCAGUGUAAUUGUUAGGCAGUGGCUGCUGCUAGGCUUGUGUUUCUUCAGUCUGUGGCAUGACUCUUGAGGAACAGGACCCCGUGUCAUGAGCAUGAGUUAUGCAGACUCUUUGCACAAACCUCAGAGGUUGAUGGAAAAACAGGCCAUGGCCAGGAAAAUCCAUUGCCACUCAUGAGCCAGAUCUGCUCUGGGGAGCAGUGAAAUGAGCCUGUUGAAGGUGGUGGCAUUGUCCAGCCAGCCAUGCAAGCACAACACAGGUUAUCCCCAGGCCUCAGCUGCCACCUGUGUUUGGGGCAUUGGGAACUUCACCUCUGAGAACUUGUACCCACAAGCAACAUCCUCUGAGUGCUAAAUGCUGGAGCUGGUCCCAGGGAGCUUGUUAACAGCCAAGAGUUCUGGACAGAACUUGUAGGUAGGCGGUAGUUAUCUGUCAGUUCUGACCUCUACCUAAUACCAGUUUUUGGACACAAGCCUUGUUUGGGAUAAUCCUGGUGUAAAUCCAUAUACCUGGUGGUAUAUGCAUCACCACCCAUAGGUCUUGGACUCUCUCCUCCACCACGUUGGGCUCUCUCCCCGACUGCAGCAGCCAGUAGGAUCUGGUCUCUCAUUGCUUUGGGUCACAGAGAUGACUCUGGGGCUCAGGUGGGAAUAAUGCAUUCUCUAGUGAAUGCAUUCUCUAAGACUCCUGUGACCUGCAUCCUUAAAUCACUUCUGGUAGGAGGCUCCAUCAGCAGUCACCUCAGGGAAAAGGAAAAAUUCCUCACAGAAAUUAUCAGGAAUAAGUGAUUUCUGAUAGAGCUCCAAGUGGAGGAAGUUGCACUGGGAUGUUCCCUGGACCUUCCCCUCCGUGGCAGGACUGUCAUCCUAUUAGCCAAAGCCAGAUUGUGGAGCUGUCCUCCAGGUCCCUCAUGCCUUCUCUAGCAAUGUUACUCACCCCUCUGACAGAGCAGCCCAGCAUCUCACAAGAGUGUGCAUCUGCCCCUGCACAGCCUGGAAAACCAAGCCCCAAGGGAAGGGCCCUAUGUAGGAUGCACGGCAGAAUUUGGAUGUCUCACAGAAUUCAUUCUGCUGCAUCUACUUCUACAAAGUGCUGCAGGCUACUGCAGUGAAACUGUUGCCUGUGGAGGACCAAAUUAGACUCCAUCUGGAAAGGUGCUGAGGCGUUGGCUGGGCUGCACUGGGCUGGUGGACAGAUCUGCUCUUAAGUAAAGCUGUGCAAAAACUGGGAAGUGCUGCAUCGGAGCUUUUGAAUUUGGACCACUUCCAGGCCUGACAUCCAGAAACUCAUCCCUAUGGGCAGUAAAGACAAAGAGGCUGGAUGCCAAGGAGGAAGAAUGGUAAAGGCAGCAUCUUUCCAGGAUCCAUGGGCUCUUUGAGAGAUGAUCAGAGGGAGGCCAGAUGAUCUGCACAACACGCACACCACUGUUUCUCAUCUACAAAGGCAGCAUCGGAGCGUUCUCCCCAGCCCUGCACCACCCGGCUUGCCCGAUCGUUUCCGGAUGUUUCGCAGCUGCGAAUGGGAGGUCCUGGAGCGAUCCCUCAAUAUCCUCCAGGCCAGUGACUUUUACUGGGGCCCCUUGUCUGUGGGGGAGGCCCACGCCAAACUCCAGAGGGAGCCUGUAGGCACCUACUUGGUGCGGGACAGCUCACAGGGGAACUGCUUGUUCAGCCUGAGUGUGCGGAUGCCAACGGGGCCUGUCAGCCUCCGAAUCUCUUUCCAGGAGGGCUAUUUCCGCCUGAAGAACUGGUUUUCAGACUGUGUGGUCCAGCUGCUGGAGCUGGUGGUGGCAGGGACCCGGAACAACCCCUUACACUUUGAUGAGAUGGGGGGAACCCCCCUGGUCUUCUCUGAGCCCCUGUGCCGGAGCCGCCGGACAGUGCCCACCCUGCGAGAACUGUGCUACCGAAGCCUCCCCGCUGGUACAGGGUACAUAGAUACCUCUUAUGGGUGGGAAAUCCUUGUUACCCUUACUGUUCUUCUUGCUGCAUUGAGCAUCAUCGCAACAGCUUUGCUUCUGUGGAAAAGAAAGGUGUUGUGCCCUAGAAGGAGCCAGCUAAAUAUCCUGAGACAGAAGGUGGAAACUCAGCUCCCUUCAGCCAGCCCACCACCACCACCUCCUGUCUAUGAUAGCCUGGACGUGCGGCAAAUUGAUAUCUAUUCUGUCCUCGAGAACAAUACAAAGAACCCUUCACUCAAAAAAAAUCCUCCAAGAAAGACACCUCAGAAGCAAGCAACUCUAGAAGAAUCCUCUGAUACACUGUAUGAGAAUAUCUAACGGGGAAAGAUAUCUGACCCAGUGUGGACCAGACAUCUUUCUGUGUGGCAGAGCUACUCUUACAUCCCCGAUGAGAUGCAGAUACAUGCAGAGAUCUACAGUAACUUCAGAGCACAAGCACAAGGGACUUGUGAACCCCUGGCUCCUUCUAAACUGCCCUUCAUUAACAACAGAAUGCAUCUGUUAAAAUCCCUCAGGGCUCAGUCUGCACUGAUGCAGCAAAGCUAUUUUGCAGCAAAGCUGUUUGAUGCAAAAGAAAAGCUGCUUUUUUCAAGCACUUAUCUUGGGAAUGGGCAAUAUGUGAAGGUUUGUCUCACCUGCCCCGGCUGAAAUACUUAACUCUCGAUCCUCUGCAAAUGAUAGGACAAUCCAGAGAUCUCCCUACUUGCUGGCUUGAAGUUCAGAUCCUAACCUGCAGCAGUCCACCUGAUCCUGUGCUAGUGGCUUUCCCGAGGAGGCCUUCAGGCCUACAUGCAUAGUUUAACCAGAUCCAAGCAUCUACCUGCCCAUUUUUCUUUUCUCAGGAACCCCACAGUGAAACAUGCUUUCUCAUAAUCUGCUAAUCCCAUCAAGUAGUCACAGAUGCCUGCUGUGACCACAUUCAGGCGACUCAAAUCAGUGCCUCCAAGUAAAUGCUUCCUCUUCAGCAAUAUAAGCAGUUUAUGGUAAGGACUGGAUGCACUGACAGAGAUAAAGGUGGAGAAAAGGAAAACAGAAAAUAUCCCUGCCUGACAACAUGUCUCAGUGACAGUGCCCAUUCCAGAACAAGAAAGAGGAACAAGGAGGUGGGAACCUCAGGAAACUCCCUUGCUGGGGCCACAUGAGCCAGGCAGGUCUGGGGCCAGGUUCCAGCUCAGAGAAGUUCAAGCUGAGUUCCCCAGUUUCCUGCUCUUCUUGGCAAUCGCUUGGGAUUUUGAGCCUCUGUGGGAGCAGGCAUGGUACCUCUGGCCCACCAGAACCAAUAGGUUUGCCUUUGUUUCAACUGGCCGGUGUACAAUGGUAUAAGGCUCCUUUACCCCCUCCCCAUAUGUUAUUUGGCCAGGGAGACCAGUUCUGAAAUGACUGGAGGGAGGAGAAGCAAGGCCUUAGAAGUGAAUUUUCUAUCCAAGUUCUUCUCUCCCCUGUCAGCUGGAACUUGCCUACCAUUUGUGCUGAUGCAUAUUCUAGUUCUGAUAGGGAAGAAGUUACAUUAAAUAUCCAUAUAACACGAUCAAACCAGCGGAUCAAAAAAGCCGAGGCUGUUUUAUCUCAGAUUAAAAAACAACAACAAAAUAACAACCAAACAAACCAACCCAAAAUAAGAAUAUGCAGCAUAACUUGAGAGGAAUCAUAGAAACCUCUUUAAAGAAGAAGAUCAAAUUAAAAUUGAGCUCCAGGGUCAUAGGACCCUCUCUAGUUGAAGAUAAUGUUGCUAUGUAUCAGAGAUAGAGGCUGUGGAAAAUGUCUCCGGGGCCUCCAACCUUCCUAUACUAUGUUUAAAGAGAUAAUCCGCUUAUUGCUUUGCUCUUUUUAUUAGAAGAGAUUUCAAACAUGCAAUUUGGACUUUCUUUAACCACAGAAAAAUGCUUUUUCUCUUCCCAGUGCUGAGGAAUUUAUUUCAGAAAGAGCAAUGAAUAGACAGCAUGGCUUAUUAGAUCUGUUUAUCAUUUGUUAAGAGAUUGCAACAAUUAUAAAUAAAUAUUUUUUAAAUAAAAAGUUUUAGAUUUUACUAAUCUGAACAGGAAACAUUUGUGUUCACAGAAGAGUUUACAGAUAUAACAAUUCCUUUCCUUAACAAAUUUGAAGAAAUGAUGAAAUGAAUUAUAAAUAUAUUGCAAUAUGGCAAUAAAAUAUUCAGCAGAAGCUGGUGGAUUAGAUGAAAAGUAAAAACUUUCAAAA